AUGGCACCAACCAAUAACCUGAACGAAGAAGACGAGAUCCUCGGCUCUGAAACAAUCCAGCCCGACAAGAGUCAAUCAACCCCAGGGAACCCAAUUCAACCCUCAAAAAGCACCUCAAACGUCAAAACAAAUCUCAUAUCCACCAACUAUUCCCUACGAACACCCAAAAUUAAAAUCAAUGCCGAAUUUAACCUCGAUCUUACACAAAACAACCCACCAAAGCCCAAUAUGUCACGCUCUAUAUUCGGCUUUAAUUCUGUCACAAAGUGGGUAACUCACCAAAUCGGACCAAUGGAUACCACGCACAUGUUGAGUAUUGUUCGUGUGUACGCAAGCGAAAGGGAAGCAAGUAAAUGCGCAUUGAUUCUUGCGCUUGGGACGGUACAGCAUUCGAAGUACACGACUGGGGGGGGGGAUUUUCACUUUUUGCUUGUUAGGGAUGAGAAGGAACAGGACUCGGAGGAUGGGAGUUAUGGUACGUUAGAAAGUUUGUUAUGCAAAUUAUUUGGAAGAAGGGAGAUGCUUCUGUUAUCCAGCCGGUGGAUACUUGAGAGGAGAGGAGAGGAGAGGAGAGAGGAGGAGAGGAGAGAGGAGGAGAGGAGAGAGGAGUACAAGUGCAAGGACAGGGACAGGGACCUAUGGACGUGGAUUCAUGAUGUGAGAUGUGGAAUGGGAAAUGAGUUGGGAGGAUCUUGA